AUGAAUAGCAAAUCUCUUAAAAUCUCAAUGGAAAUCUCCCUUACACCUAAUAUGAUUAUCCCACUUAUUAGCCUUAUAGAUAGCAGAGCCACGGGUUAUAACUUUAUUGAUAGAAAAGUUGUCUCCAGGCUUCAUAUACCUACACACUCUCUCCCCUAUACCCAUUACUUACUCCUAGCCAAUAGAAAACCCUCCAAUAUCCUUUUUCAAUAUGCACUUCUAGAUAUACAAAUCAACAAUCACAAAAAGAUCAAUAACUUUGCUGCCGUACCAGUCGACCCUAAACCACCCUUACGAAAGCUUAUCCCAAAACCAGCCUCUAUAGAAGAAAUCACCAAUGAAAGCUUCGAAAACACCUUAUUACCACCCCAAAACCAAUCCACAAUCCUCGAAUCUAUCAAAACCUCAAAUACCCAAAGAAACCUUAACAUCACCAAUUUCAAAGCUUUACUCAAAUCAAAUCUAUACUACACUCACUAUAUCAGCAAUAAAUCAAACACCCAAGCUAAGAUAAUCCCAAACCAAUCAACCCUAAAAGCAGUUCUAGCUCGAAUCAUUACCAGCUCCAGAAUACACAGAAGAUCACCACAAAACCAAAACGUUCUACCCCCACUACAUACACUGAUGUCACCAGACCCCCCAAACGAGUUGUUCAAUAUCCUGUGA